AUGGCCCCGAUACGUGACAAAUUCAAUAUCCACUCCAAGGCUGUAGUCUGUCAAGAUGUCGAGCUGAAGGGCGAUAUCACCAUUGGUGCAGGCACGAUUGUUCACCCCAAGGCGACUAUAUUCGCCAUCGCUGGUCCAAUCAUCAUCGGGGCAGGCUGCAUCAUUGAAGAGGCCGCCAUCAUUGUCAAUCGACGCAAGGAGGUAAUGCGCAUCGGAGACGACAACUUGUUUGAGAUUCAGUGUCGCGUAGAAUGCCCCUCUAUAGGCAACAGCAAUACCAUCUCAACUCGCGCGCGUGUCCACCAUACCGUGCGUCUGUCCUCGCACUGUGUUAUUGGUGCCGGUGUACUGUUAGUUCCGACCGAGGAUGAGACGUUGGAUCCCUUCACGGUGGUCUUCGGACCAGCUGCCGAACGCCGGACGUGGUCAGGCCGGGGACGCGCACAAGAAGCAGAUUUGCGCAAGAAGCACGCAGAAUACCUUCGCGAGACGCUGCCGAAGUUCAAUCGGCUGAGGAAGGGCGAUGCGCGGAGUGCCCACGCCGAGACUGCUUCGCCCUCACGGUGA